UCCCUGUCCUCAUGACGCCGUUAACGAUGCUCGGAGCAACCGCCAUUCUCCGUCAAGGAAGCGCAUACCGAUAUUGAGCGCGAUCCUCUCACUCGCCACCGCUAAUGAAACAGUUAGGCAGAAUGGAGGGAAAUGGCGAUGUGCGGCCUCCGAAACGUAAACGAUAUUCAGUAAACACAGAAGUAGAACAGCAGCCUCACAAAAUUAGGCGCGGAAGAGUUGAGUUCGAAACAGAAACCCUAACCCGAGAACCCGGCCCGUCGUUGUCAACUAGGUUCCAAGCCCUUUCUCCCUUAUCUCGGAGGCAUAGGAAGCCGCAACAGAGUCGAGAUGAGAGAGAGAGCUCCCGGCAGUGGGCUUUCUCUCCCUGCAACUCUUCUACUUCUACCUAUAAAGAUAAAUUUGUGGUUGUUUCUUAUAACAUUCUGGGUGUUGAAAAUGCAUCCAAGCACCCAGAUUUGUACUAUAAAGUCCCACCCAGAUUCUUGGAGUGGGGCCGCCGCAAGAAGCUUAUACGGAAGGAGAUCAAUCGUUAUAAUGCUAGCAUCAUGUGUUUACAGGAGGUUGAUCGUUUUGAUGAUUUAGCUCAUCUUUUCCAGAAAGAUGGGUUCGAAGGUGUUUACAAGGCACGCACAGGUGAAGCAAGUGAUGGAUGCGCUAUAUUUUGGAAAAAAGAAAUGUUUAGCCUUUUGCAUCAAGAAAAUAUAGAGUUCCAAAGUUUUGGCCUUCGUAACAAUGUUGCCCAACUUUGUGUUUUAAAGAGUAAACAAAAUCAAUUAGAGUCGGAGAUAACUCCCCAAACGUCGGUGAGUCCAUGCACCCAAAACAGAAGCGUAGUGAUUGGCAAUACGCAUGUACUAUUCAAUCCAAACCGUGGAGACAUCAAGCUAGGGCAGGUCCGUCUGUUUCUUGAAAAAGCUCAUGAGCUAUCACAAGAAUGGGGCAGUAUCCCUGUUAUAAUUUCCGGAGAUCUAAAUAGUAUCCCACAGAGUCCUAUGUACCAGUUCCUGGCUUCAUCUGAGUUGGACAUCCGACUACAUAACCGCAGACAUAUUUCCGGACAGGUUGACUCUGGAUCAGAGAACAUAUCCUUCAGAUCUCAGAAUGGGAAAGCAAGCAGUAUUAGGAAAUAUAUUUCAAGGCCAUCGCAAUAUAUAUGGAAUGAGGAAGAAGUAAGGCUUGCAACAGGCAUUGAAGGAGCCACUCGUCUUCAGCACCAUUUAAAGCUUUGCAGUGCAUAUCUUGGAGUACCUGGUAGUUGUAGAACCAGAGAUAGGUGUGGAGAACCCUUGGCAACAUCGUACCACUCCAAGUUCAUGGGAACUGUUGAUUAUAUUUGGCAUACAGAGGAACUUGUUCCUGUCAGAGUCCUUGAAACCUUACCAGUAAACAUUUUAAGAAGAAAUGGAGGACUCCCUAGCAAAGUAUUUUCUAUCUUCAAUUACUUUUGCUUUAUCAGUAAUACAGCCUGUAAAUUAUAGGAGAAUUAAACUUAAUGUUGAAAUUAGUAUAUGGUUUGAAUGAAAAUGGGUAGAUUAUUCUGAACUGUGUUAAGGUGCUUGAGUUAUAGUAUCGUGAACUUCUUCACUUUGUUAAAGACAGUAGAAAAGUGAACUAAUUGAAGGGAUAAAAGUGAAUUACUCCCAGAAAUUGGCCUAAAAACUUGGAAGUGUGAUAAGGUGGUAAGGUGCUGGUAGAAUUCUUCUUGAACUAAUCCCAAGAAAAGUGGAAGUAUUUGCCCUGCGUUUUCUGAAAUUAUAUGUUUAUUAAGAUAGUAUGAGCUCGUCAAUGUUGUAGAGUGUUUUAUACUCAAGAUUCCAUUCUUUGUUUAUUUCUCUCUCAA